GGAGGGAAAAACAUGACAGCAUGACAAAACUGCCUGAGCUUAUAUUCACUCACUCUCAUCGUUCGCAGAGCUCACUCUCUGCGUAAAAUAAUUGCGUGUCCAACAAGCCAAGUCAGAACUCAACCUUCAUUCUCUCUCAGAAUGGUGCUUCAAAACCCUAACAAUGGUGAACCCGACCUCAACGAUGGUGAACCAGUUGAUACGAACGAAACUUAUCGUUUCAGUGAAGACAUCGACAGCACCUGCUCGACUCCGUACGUCAGUGCGCCGUCGAGCCCCGGGCGAGGGCCGACAGGCUACUUCUACAGUGCGCCGGCGAGUCCAAUGCAUUUCGUGCUGUCGUCGAAGGCGGUGGCGGCGUGCGACUCGGGGUUCGUGGUCAGUUCGUCCGAGUCCGGAUCGUUCGAGUUCGAAUUCUCUUCGAGGUUUUCGUCGGACGGGAAGGGGCCAUCGGGAUCGAUGAGUUCGGCGGAUGAGUUGUUCUUGAAUGGCCAGAUCAGGCCGAUGAAGCUGUCGUCUCACUUACAGAGGCCGCAGAUCUUGGCGCCGUUAAUGGAUCUUGAAGGUGAAGAGGAGGACGAGGAGAGCAAGGAUGGUGAAGAGUUUGAGAAACGCGAGAGGUCGGUGGUGAGAGGGAGAGAUCUGAGAUUGCGCAACAGAUCUAUGCACAGAAAAGCCAGAUCUAUGUCGCCUUUGCGAAACGCAGCGUUCGAGUGGCACGAAGAGCCUGUUCGCGGAGAGCAGGAGGAGGUUAACGAGCGCGCAUUAGACUCCGAGGAGCUGGAGUGUGAAAAGACUGAUACUCCGUCCACGGAAACGACACCGUCUGGCUCCGCUUCGUCCUCGAGAUCAUCAUCGUCCGGUAGGAAUUCGAAGAAAUGGGUAUUUCUGAAGGACCUUUUGUACAGAAGCAAAAGCGAAGGGAGAGGGAAUAGCAAAGAGAAGUUCUGGUCUUCGAUCUCCUUCUCGCCCUCAAAAGAAAAAAAACUCUCUUCAACUUCUCUUCCAUUCUCUUCUUCAACAGACGAGAAACCUCAAACGGCGCCAUCUGCAGCGGCGGAGGCUCAGAAAGAGAAAGAGAAAGGGAAGCAGAGGCAAAAGGGAAGCAAACAAGCUUCCACCAAAAAAUCAGGUUCGGGAAAGCCAACCAACGGCGUUGCUGCAAAACGGCGUGUACCUCCGUCGCCUCACGAGCUGCAUUACACUGCUAAUAGAGCUCAAGCGGAGGAAAUGAAGAAGAGAACGUUUUUGCCGUACAGGCAGGGACUACUGGGGUGCUUGGGGUUCAGUUCCAAAGGAUACGGUGCACUCAAUGGACUCACCAGAACAUUGAACCCAGUGUCUUCCAGGUAGAGUGAUUAGAGAAGGAGAGAGCUCAUUUAUGUAUAGCUUUUGCAUUCCCCAUUAAUUUAUAUCUUCUUCUAUGUAAUUUUUAGCAGAUCUUAAUAUUUCUGUACAGCAGAUGAGCUAUGUAUGAACCGCCAUUGCUGGUUUUGCUUCAUCAACUGAUGAAAUUAUUGGCCUCUAUGCAUAUGAUCUGCAUUUGACUCGUCA